CUUCCGGCGGCAAGCGGAAGCGGGGACUCGCAGCCGCCGGAGCCGGAGGCAUGGCGGGGGCGGGGCUGGGGGAGGCGCGUGCCGAGCAGGCCGGGGGGUCCGUCUCCCCGGCCCUUUGAACCCGGAGCGUACAGAGAUGUGAUAAUGGAUCAUCAUGUUUCCACCAUCAAACCUCGAAGGAUCCAGAACCAAAAUGUCAUUCACCGCCUGGAACGCCGACGGAUCAGCUCGGGCAAGGCAGGCACCCACUGGCAUCAGGUCCGAGUAUUCCACCAGAAUGUCUUCCCCAACUUCACGGUCGUCAAUGUUGAAAAGCCUCCUUGUUUCUUGCGUAAAUUCUCACCUGAUGGACGCUACUUUAUUGCUUUCUCUUCAGACCAGACGUCUCUCGAGAUCUAUGAGUACCAGGGCUGCCAGGCAGCCGAGGACCUACUGCAGGGCUAUGAGGGGGAGAUCCUGUCCAACGGCAAUGACCAGCGGUCGGUCAGCAUCCGCGGCCGGCUCUUUGAACGCUUCUUCGUCCUGCUGCACAUCACCAACGUGGCCGCCAACGGUGAGCACCUGAACCGGGAGUGCAGCCUCUUCACUGACGACUGUCGCUGUGUCAUCGUGGGCUCAGCUGCCUACCUCCCGGAUGAGCCGCAUCCUCCUUUUUACGAGGUGUACCGCAACAGUGAGUCCGUGACCCCCAACCCCCGGUCCCCUCUGGAGGACUAUUCCCUCCACAUCAUUGACCUUCACACCGGCCGCCUGUGUGAUACGCGCACCUUCAAGUGUGAUAAAGUGGUCCUGUCGCACAACCAAGGGCUGUACCUGUACAAAAACAUCCUGGCCAUCUUGUCAGUGCAGCAGCAGACCAUCCACGUCUUCCAGGUGACCCCAGAAGGCACUUUCAUUGACGUGAGGACCAUCGGCCGCUUCUGCUACGAGGAUGACCUGCUCACCGUGUCAGCUGUCUUCCCUGAGGUGCAGCGGGACAGUCAGACGGGCAUGGCCAGUCCUUUCCGAGAUCCCUUCAUCAACUCCCUCAAACACCGGCUGCUGGUGUACUUGUGGCGCCGGGCGGAGCAGGACGGGAGUGCGAUGGCCAAGAGGCGCUUCUUCCAGUACUUUGACCAGCUGCGGCAGCUGCGCAUGUGGAAAAUGCAGCUUCUGGACGAAAACCAUCUGUUUAUCAAGUACACUAGUGAGGACGUGGUCACCCUGCGGGUCACGGAUCCAUCACAGGCAUCUUUCUUUGUGGUGUACAAUAUGGUGACAACAGAAGUGAUUGCUGUGUUUGAGAAUACAUCCGAUGAGCUUUUAGAGCUCUUUGAGAACUUCUGUGACCUCUUCCGUAACGCCACCCUGCACAGUGAAGUCCAGUUUCCCUGCUCAGCUUCUAGCAACAAUUUUGCAAGGCAGAUCCAGCGCCGGUUUAAAGACACUAUCGUAAACGCCAAGUACGGAGGGCACACGGAGGCAGUACGCCGGCUGCUGGGGCAGCUCCCCAUCAGUGCCCAGUCUUACAGCGGUAGCCCCUACCUUGAUUUGUCUCUCUUCAGCUACGACGACAAGUGGGUGUCCGUCAUGGAGCGACCCAAGACUUGUGGAGAUCACCCUAUCAGGUGCACCGACCACUUCCCACCGUGUGCUUUGGAAUCUGACAACUAAGAGUAUCUGUAAACCCCAACACCCUGAAGGAUGCGCACACCCUGCGGAGACCCCGGCUCACUUACCAAGCGCCCUGGCCCCAGGCCUUUCACGACCACUCGGAUGUGGGUCACGCCCUUCCCGGCAGCUUUCUGGAGAGGAGGAAAGAGUGUCAGUGCUCCAGGGAGAGAACUGCUCCAUCAGAUCUGUUGCUACUGCUACCGGGACCAAGAGGGUUAUGAGCUGCAGGGAAGAGGCAUCCCCGUCCUUAAACAGGCAGAACACAGGGAAGGCAGCAAAGGCCACAGUGCAGGGCAGACACCGGCAGAGAGCAUGGAACUUGUCAAACCCUAGGUCAGCACUGCCACCUGAUGGAGAUUUCUAAAUAUCGCUUCCGUGUUCUCAGGGGAGCGAAUGCAGAUUUUUAAGGUUGGGCCUAAAUACUAAGUAACCCACUUAAAAACUGUUAUUUUAAAUUUUAAGGGUUAUCAUUGAAAAGUUUCUUUCCUGAUUAUAAAGGCUGUUCAUUAUAGAAAGUCUGGAAAACACAAAGAAGUCCACUCAACCUGCCAUGCAGAGCUCACUGUUAAUGGUGGCAUAUUUUAGUGUAUACAGUCUGUCCAGUGGUGGACACUUAACACAUUCUGAUGGUCAUUUAUACAUAGCAAAUACUGUUUUGGGGCAUCCAGCUUUGUUUGCAGGCUGAAGUUUUCCUUCAGGAAAUACUUCCAAUUUGGCAGAGUGUGAACCUUUGUAAGGCCCGUGCUACGGCAGCCCGGGCAUAGGCCGUGGUCCUAGACCAAUUACUCUGAGCGAGGCCCACACUCCGGAUCUUAACUGGCUCUUAAAAACGUGGGUAAUACUGAACAUCCUCUGAGGAAAGAUCACGAAAGCAGAGUGCCUGCUGUACAGCAGAUGGUCAAUAAAUAUACAAAUAGGCGCACACUGCCAAUUUGCUUCUAGAAAGGUCUGCAGCAGUUCACAAUCAGAUUGGUACUUCAUGAGAAAAGAGGUCCCUUCAAACUGCCCCCGAUGUUAGGGUAUCGAACAACAGUUGGCAAACACCACUGCUCCUGGGGGACUAGUUCAAGGAGAAGCUCCCUCCCAGGGAUCAGGCCUGCACAAACCAGCACACACCGCAGGGGGCGCCAGAGAGACACACGCUUACCGCGGCCGCAGCUAUGCCUGCUGUUUGUGCGGCGAUGCCGGUGCCCUUCUUGGCAUUCCGGAAUCCCUCGGUGCCACAGGACGCGCGGGCGAGGGGCUGGUGGGUGGCAGAGACCACCUGGAUCUGCGUGCUGGGAAAGCAGGGAGGCACACAGGACACAGCACUGGUCAGGGAAAUAACACUAAGCCAGGCCCUUGCACGCCUGGCUGAGAAAGAGAAAGGCACUCAACUAGCAGUUGAGUGCCCUCUGAACUUGUCAGAUGAAUGUUCUGAACUCCUACAGGAGGCGUCAGGAAGGGUCCCAAUCACCCCCUGAACCCCGUCAAAAUCUGACACGUCACAGAAUCUAAGGACAGCUCAGGUAUGGACUGCAUGUGUGUGUCCUCCCCAAACUCAUGUUCAAAUCCUAAUCCCAAAUGUGACGGUAUUUGGAGGAGGGGACUUUGAGAGGUGAGUAGGUCACGAGGGUAGAGCCCCCGCGAGCAGGGUCAGUGCUCUGUUUUAUAAAAGGGACCCCAGAGAGCUCCCUCACCCCUUCCAUCGUGUGAGGACACAACGCGAAGCCGGCCACCUGUGACUCAGAGGAACUCUCACCGGAACCCCACCGCGCUGGCUCCCUGAUGCCCGACUCCAGCCUCUGGAACCGUGAGGCACCCACGUCUGCCGUCUAAGUCCCUGUUUGUGGUGGUUUUAGUAGGCCGAGCUAACACAGGCUGCACAGUCUGGAGUGGGCAAGUGUCAUCCAGAAGGGUGGCACGUUUCCCUCCUAGUGUCUUCCCUGUGGCCAGUGUCUAGACUUGAUAUCCCUGUUUGGCUUUUUUCCCUAAGAAGUUAGAUGUUUUAUAUCAGGUAACUUAAAAAAAAAACCCAAAAAAGGCUUUUGUUAGGGGAAGUUUUAAAUAUAUACAAAAAUAGAAAAGUAUAUGAACACCCAUGGGCCCAGCACCCAGCUUCAGGAAUUAUUAACUCAUAUCCAAUUUAGUCUCAUCUAUAAAUCCUGUUUCCACUCUGGUCUUCCCCACGAUGGGUUAUUUUGAAACAAAUCCGAGACCCAACAUCUCAUCGGUAAAUAUUUCAGUAUUUAGUUCUAAAAGAUAAUGACUUUGAAAAAAUCCCACAAAACCAUGAUCAUACCUAAAAAAGUGAGCAAUACUACCAUAUUGGAUAAUUUUUUUUAAGUAGGCUUCAUGCCCAGUGCAGAGCCCAACGUAGGUCUUGAACCCAUGACCCUGAGAUCAAGACCUGAGCUGAGAUUAAGAGUCAGACGUUUAACCAACUGAGCCACCCAGGCGACCCUCCUGUUGGACAAUUUUAAUGCUAAUGACACUGUUCCAUGACCAAAAAACUUUUUUUUAGAGAAGUGAAACUUUUUUUAUAGUCAUCUCUGACUUCAAGAAAUAGUUAGCCAUGGGUGCCUGGGUGGCUCAGUUGGUUAAGUGUCUGACUUUGGCUCAGGUCAUGAUCUCGUGGUUCAUGAGUUCGAGCCCUUGUCAGGCUCUCUGCUGUGAGUGCAGAGCCGACCUCCCUCUCUCUCUGCCCCUCCCCUGCACAUGCGCAUGCUUUCUCUCUCUCAAAAAUAAACAUAAAAAAAAAAAAAAAGAAAUACUUAGACAUACUUAUUUCCCCUCGGUCAACACUGCUCUGCUUUCUGGCCUGACGGGGCUCAGGGGACCCUAGGCGGCCCCGGGCAGUCUGCUUGCCCGGGUUCGGGCAGUCUGCUUGCUGGCCUGGCUAUGACCUUAUUGGCCCGGCUACGAACUGCCAUUUCCCCUGGCAGGGCUUCCUGGGUUUUCUGUACUGAACAGAGCGCAAGAGAGCUGCCUGUCUCCGACACAACUUCAGCAGACGGACAGGGUGGGCCACAGAGGCUCGAACAAGCACAGCUAACCCACAUCCUUAUUAGCCGGAGAGGGGGAGCCAGAAAUCUGGCUGCUCUCACUUUGAGCUUAUCAGACGAAUGCUGGGUGAAUCCUGCAGCGUCUCACGUGUGCCCCACACCCCAUCCCUGACCACCAACAGUCUCCCAUGUGGUUCUCUGAAUCGUGUCAUGGGCAGGCUGAGAGCAAACAGUGACCCCACCUCCAUGUGGGGGCCUGGCCUGCAAAGCUGUCCUCAACGUCAGCAAGGCUUCUGUUGCCAAUACACAGCCGGGAAGUCCCUGGGCACCCACCUGUCAGCCACUCAGAAUACUAGUCUUGUCACAUUAAAUCACUAUUCUUGUUUAGCCCUACAAGGUGAGAGGUCAACGCACAGUGGCCCAAGGCGAGUACUUCAAAGGGACAAUGCUUAUUUGGAGAUUGACAUUUUGGUUAGUUUGUAAAUAAACUGCAUACUCUUCAA